UGAUUUGGCUAUUUCGGAGAUUGUAAAUUCCUUUGUACACACAAACACGAAUUGAUAACGAAAAAGCAAUAUAUAAAUAAAUUUUUUUGAUAGCUAAGAGUGCGUUUAAAGUUGUUAAAGAAUAGUUCACUAACCAAUUUGUCACGGAUUUUCUUUAAAAUUAUAUAAGCGAGAAAACAAUUUAAUAGAGAACGAUACCAGCGAAUGAUAUAUCUGUACAUAAAUCAUGUCUUCACUUGGAGAGCUUAAAAAGUUAAGACUGAUACACUUAUGCAUUGCCGUCACUUUCUUCAUAUCCGGACUGGUGAUAAAUCUGCUGCAGUUAAUAUUACAUGUGGGAUUGAAACCUUUCAAUGUUGUGCUCUUUCGGCGCAUCAUGUACUAUCUCUGCUAUUCGCUGAACUCACAACUACUAUUUUUCGCCGAGUGGUAUUCGAAUAGUAAAUUACAUGUUUAUAUGGACCCCGAUGACUUCAAAAAAUACAGUGGUAAAGAACAUUGUAUGCUUAUGAUGAAUCAUGCAUAUGAAGUCGAUUGGCUCGCCGGUUGGAUGUUUACCGAAAAGAAUGGCGUUUUAGGCAAUU